GCCGAUUUGUACAUUGAGCUGUGGUAUCGUAGUCGCGAGGACGAGCUGGCCAAUAUUGACAGCAAUUGUAUUUGCGUGAAAAUUCGAAAAGUGAUUGACGUACACACAUCCGAUGUUAUUGCAAGUGCAAUAAAGGAGCUUACAUUGCGCCACAAAUUAAUGGCAUGUUUUUGA